AUGAACGUAAAUUUAUUAAACCUCUAAGUCAACGAACUCAAUAUCAAUCUCUCUAAGCAACAGGACUAAGCAAAAGUUGACCCUAAAAUACUUUAAGAACUUGAGUUUUUCGAAAAAUUAUGCAAUAAUCUAUAUUCUCACUAAACUUCCACCCAGUUUCUUGAAAUUUCAACAAUUAAUUAUGUCCAGUUCUUAUCUGCCUCUGCCCUUAAAAAUCUACUUACUGAACAUUGGAGUCAGAUCUCCUUUGAUGAUAAGUUUAAUACAAAGUUCUACAUACUAAACUACUUGUGUGGCAAGGCUUUGUAGCAGGAUAGACAGGUUAUGAACAUGAUGAUGACACUUUUAGCAAAAAUACUUAAAAUGUCUUGGCUAGAUUUACCAGAUAUGCAGGUUUCCAUAAGCGAACUCAAUAAAGUAUUUGAUUUGAGUAAUGAGCAUUGCUUAGUCGCGCUCUUAACCUCGGACUAAAUUAUUACAGAAAUGACAUACGUUUUUAAUGGAAAAGCACUUUCAAUAAAUAGAAGAGUCUCUGUGAGUUUCAGAGAGAAUGCCAUGUCCGGUAUAUUUGAGCGCUGUCUCACUUUAAUUCAGAAAUUUCUAGAUCAGAUUUAACAAGAUUUAUAGUGCGGAGUGAAGCAUAAUGAAAUACUAAUUUAAAGUUUAAUCACAAGUCUAGAAAUUAUAGUCAAAGCUCUAAACUUUGACUACUCAGCUAUCAUACUCAAUGAGACCUCAGUUGAUUAACAUUGCACUAAUCUACCGCCAUCUUGGAGAAGAUUUAUCAGAGACUUCCCAAUAAUUGAUAACCUGUUUCAUUUAUUAUCACUUAAAAUUAAUUCCACUCACGAGGAAAGAAUAAAACAACUAAUUUGCUAGUGUAUUGCAGAUUUUGCAAAUCUUAGACAUGUGAUAUUUGAGAAUUUUGAGGAAAGAGGAAAAUAUGUAUAAAGUCCUGGUGUUUACAAAGAAUUCGUCAGAAUUGUCAGCAACAUUGAGACGAAUUUUACUGCUAAGGAUAUACUUUAUCAAAACAAAGACACAGUACUUUUAGAUCGUUAUUGUGAUUGUCUCUACACUUUCACAAUAAAGAGCUACUAAACAACUAAACUGGCAAUUAGAAAAUUAUCUGGUGUGCUUAAUCAUAUCUGGCAGAGAAUGAGAAACUACUGCAGCAUCAAUGACAUUAAAACACUAGCCAUCGUGGAUAAUUAUGUAAUGAUACUAAUUCAGACCUACUUUGAUGAAAACCUUAAGAUCCUAGAGAAUGAUUCAUUGUAAAAUGAAGAUCUAGAUGGAGCGUUAGAUGAACAUUUCUAAGGUAAUGAAGAGGCACAGGAUAAACUUAAUUUAGAGCAUGUUUCAAGAAUGCUUAAAGUCAAAAUGGAACUUUCUAUGUCUAAGAUACUUCACUACUUUUUUAGUUCACUUCUCAAGUAUGAGCUAAGCAUUAAGUAAGGCGAUCGUAAUAUGCGAAAGGUCAUUGAGAGAUAAUUGACUUUCUUGAUUUCACAUACAAUUUAGCUAUUUACCUUUGGCAUGCAUUCAGCUAACUCAAGAAUAAGUUGGUACUCUCCACCUUGUGUUCAGCCCAUUGAUGAUGAAUCUAUAGACGAAGGCAAAUGCAAGGAUCAAUAUGCUGAUUUUGCAAUCAUUGCUAAGAUAACCUAUAUCAUGAAGCUAUCUAAUUAAGUUAUCAAUGACAAUAACAAAGCCAAGAUAAUGCCUGAAUUGCAGAUAAAUCUGCUUAAGUUUAUGAACCUCUUUAAGAUUCAAGUUAUUUGUGAGUCAAGAAUGCUAAGCAUUGCAAAUUUGUUGGUAUAGUAAAGUUCGAAUGAUGAUGACAUGGAUAAAGAUAAUAAUACUGGAGAUUCCUCCAAUGUCAAAAUAUAUAACUAAAUCGCAAUAAUGAGCGGCUCAACUGAUAUGGUAUCGUUAAUGGACGUUUUCAUUGAAAAAAUUCUAUAAAUACUAAUCUACACAGAUGGCUCUCAAGAUUUAGGUCGAGUAGCCAUUUAAGAAGCUUUGAAUGCUUUUGAAACUUUAAUCUCAACUCCACAGACUCUCAAAUUCUGCUCUAGAAGUUAGUUAGUCUAAGCCUUUGUAAAGUAGCAUGUGCUCUCCUUUAACAUCUUCUAACAUGACAAUGACUCCAAGCAUCUAGUGAAAUUCUUCAAGAUACUAAGCAUCCUCUGGACUUCGCCAGCCUUUCUUGAUGAUUUUAACCAUUAUCUUGAUUAGCUGCACUCAUUUAUCCAGCAGAUAACUAGCAAUGAGCAAGAUCAGGUGAUAAAAUCUCCCACUGUCAAGGCUUAAAUCAUCAAGUUCUAUAAUAUAAUAACUGGCACAGCAAGGGGACUGACUAAUGUUCAUGACUACGACCUGUUCUUUGAUUGGUUCAACCCCAACUACUUCCAAAUUACUUCUGAGAUUAUGAAGAUGCUGAUAUCAGAUGAUGAUAUAUGCUUGGCUAUAAUGAAAUUUCAAAAGGAACUAAUCUUAAAUAGAUGUCAAAGGUUGCGACUAGAUUCAUGGAACAUUAAUGGACUGAUAUCUUUUAGAGAGUGCUCAAUCAUAAUUAUCAGCUAUAUGCAAUUCUAUGACAAUUUCAAAGCUAAACCUGUCAAGCGAGAUGCAUUCAAAGAAAAACUCAAAUUCAUUAGCACCAUCAUUGACUUCUAUUCGAAUGCAAUAAGUGGAGGAUACUUAUGCUUUGGCUCUAGUUAAUACUACCAGGAUAGCACUUUCUAGCUGCUGUCUACUCAUUUAUUUACCUCAAUAUCUUCUCUCAACUGGGAUGAAAUAAAAAAACCAAAGAAAAAAUCGCCAAUGCUUAACAACUAGAUCUUAGCUUUCUACUAGGGUCAUUAGAAUACUUUCUAGAUGCUUAUGAAUCAGCUUGUAUACACCUUAGUCUUCGAAGACCAUACCAACUUAGCAAACUACUCUAGAUGCUUCCACUCUUUAUUCUUGAUGUGUGAGAACAAUGCAAGCAAAGUCAUCUUUGAUGCUAUACUCUAGGAGGAGAGAAACGAGGCUAGACAGCAGAAGAUAUGUGAGGAGAUGGUUAAAAUGAUAACGAACAUCCCUAAUAGCCUUGAAACUAGAUGCAGAAACAUGUUUAACCCUAAAUUCAUUGUGUUUAAGAACUACCUACUCAGCGAUAAGUGA